AUGGGAAAAGCUUCCCAUAGAUUGCGAAAAGAUGCUGUCGUACAGCACCAUGCCAGAGCCCACACUCUAAGAGGUCGAAUGCCUGAAAGAAAGAUAGAAUCUUUGGCAAAAAACAUUACAUUACAUCGUCUUGUAACAUUGAACUGCUGGUCGCUGUCAAGUGAACUCCAACAAACCGCACUAUCCAAACUUCUGCUAUAUCUCCACACCAUAUCUCCACACUAUCUCUGCACCGUUUACUGCAUUGCAAGAAACACGCAUCAGAGAUCGCUCCAUCAUCAAUAUCGACAAUUAUACCAUCCACUCGACGAUGCUGAUGAAAGGAAAGUAGGAGGCUGUGCGAUAGCUGUGAGGAACGACUACAAUGACUCGGUGGACGAGCUUCGAUACGAGCGUCGUCAAGAUGCGCCUUUGUACGACUGCGGGAUCGCAGAGGACUUUGAAAUGUGGAUCGUAAGUGCUCAUGCAGCUACGGAAACCACUGAGUACUACAACAAGGAUGUAUUUUAUGAAAAAUUCAGUACUUUGAUAUCCAAGAUACAAAGCCAGAAGGAGGUAAUUGCUGGAAUUGAUUUGAAUGCAAAGAUGGUACUUGAACAACAAUUCGAUGUGCUUGGAAAGUAG